AGCGCGCGCACACCCAGAGGAGGAGGGAGGAGGAGAGAGAGAGAGAGAGAAAAAAAGGAAAAGGAUUUACAAAUUCGCUGGGUGGUUUUUGUUGUUGUUGUUGUUGUUGUCGUCGUCCUCUCCCCCCCCGCCCCCCCCCCGCCCCCGGCGCGAUGGCAAGGCGGCUCGGAGGGAUGCGAGGAGGAGAGCUGCGGGAGGAGGAGGCGGGGUGCUGAGCUGCUCCGCUCGCCUUGCUGCUGCUUUGUGUGUGUGUCCUCGAUUUUUCCUUUUUUCUUUUUUUUUUCUUUCCUUUUUUUAUUUUUUUUGGAGGGGGCAGAAGGAGCUUGUGGCAGCGGCGCCGAGAGCAGGAAGAGUAAGGGAGGGGGAGAAAGCCUUUUUAAUUCAUUUUUGUUCCAAAUUCCGCAUUUCGAGUCUCUGCGGCCAGCCGGACUUGUGGUGGUGGCGUUGUUGUGGGUGGUGGUUGUGCGUGGGGUGGGUUUUUUCUCUCCCCCCUCCUCCCGGCUGCGCGGGGAGAGGAGCCGGGGGGAUCCCGCCAGGGCAGCCCCGGCCCCGCGCGGAGGGUCGGAGAAGCUGUUGUUGUUUUGUAAUAAGAUUGUCUGGGUCGCACCCGCCCCCCCCCCCCCCCCCCACCCCUCCCCUCCUCCGUCUGCAGCCCUCCCAGUUUUUGUGUCUCUCUCUGCUCGCUGCCUCUGUGUGCGGUGUUCGAAAAUGGAGGUUGAAGAUGCAGACUGCCAGCCUCGAUGUGCCUCAUGUUUGCGACUCCUCUGCACGAUGUACCACCACAGCCAGCGCUGAGGGGAACGCCGGCGCCCCCCGCCCCGGAGACCGCCCCGCCGCCCCGGAGACAGCGUCGCCUCGGGGCUUUCAUGCCUUGUUGUUGUUGCCGUUAAUACAUCGUGAAUAUCUCUCUGGUUUUUUUGUGUGUGGUUGCUCCGGAAGAUCAACACCCAGGGACCUCAGAAACCCUCCGGUUUGCCAGUCCGAAGGGUCUUGGGGGUUCUUUCCUUCAUUUCUUGAGGCAACGUGGAUUUAUUUAUCUUGCCCCGCUUCUCGUCCGCCUUUUGCCGCCUUCGUUAUUUUUAGAGGACGGGGAGAGAGAAGAAAGCGAACAAUUUUUGGACUUGGGGUUAUUUUUUGUUGUUGUUUUGUUUUCGGAAAGGGGGAUUUUGUCCAAUUAAAAAAAGAGGAAUGAAGUCUGGCGCUGGAGGAGGGUCCCUCGCCGUCGUCUGGGGGUUUCUGCUCGUCUUCGCCGCACUUUGUCUGUGGCCAACAAAUGGGGAAAUUUGUGGGCCAAACGUUGACAUUCGCAACGAUAUCCAUGAGCUGAAACGCCUGGAGAACUGUACGGUAAUUGAGGGUUUCCUUCAAAUUCUGCUCAUCUCUAAAGCAGAGGAUUACCGCAACUUCCGCUUCCCAAAGCUCACUGUCAUAACUGACUAUUUGCUGCUGUUCCGUGUGGCAGGCUUGGAAAGCCUCAGUGAUCUCUUCCCCAACCUCACAGUCAUUCGUGGGAGGAACCUCUUCUACAACUAUGCCUUGGUCAUCUUCGAAAUGACAAAUCUUAAAGAGAUCGGGCUUCACAACUUGAGGAACAUUACCCGCGGGGCCAUACGGAUUGAGAAGAACUCUGACCUAUGUUACCUCUCCACAGUGGACUGGUCUCUCAUCCUAGAUGCAGUGUCCAAUAACUACAUCGUUGGGAAUAAACCUCCAAAGGAAUGUGGUGACUUGUGUCCAGGAACAAUGGAAGAGAAGCCAUUGUGUGAGAAGACAUCUAUUAACAAUGAGUACAACUACCGCUGCUGGACCACCAACCACUGCCAGAAAAUGUGCCCCAGCUCAUGUGGCAAGCGAGCCUGCACAGACCAGAACGAGUGUUGCCAUCCCGAAUGCCUGGGGAGCUGCACGGCGCCCGACAACAACACGGCCUGCGUGGCCUGCCGCAACUACUUCUACGAAGGGGUCUGCAUGCCCACCUGCCCUCCCAACACCUACAAAUUCGAAGGCUGGCGCUGUGUGACUAAAGAGUUCUGCUCUAAAGUCCCUGCCACGGAAACGAGUGAAUACGAGAGGUUUGUGAUUCACAACGACGAGUGCAUGGCAGAAUGCCCCUCGGGAUUCAUACGCAACGGGAGCCAAAGCAUGUUCUGCAGUCCUUGUGAGGGGCCUUGCCCCAAAAUUUGUGAGGAUGGGAAAACAAAGACCAUAGACUCUGUCACAUCAGCACAGAUGUUGCAGGGCUGCACGAUUCUCAAGGGAAAUCUGCUGAUUAACAUCCGUCGUGGAAAUAACAUUGCCUCAGAACUGGAGAAUUUCAUGGGUCUGAUUGAGACAGUGACAGGGUACGUGAAGAUCCGUCAUUCCCACGCCUUGGUUUCCCUGUCUUUCCUCAAGAACCUACGGUAUAUUCUGGGAGAGGAACAGGUGGAUGGGAAUUACUCAUUCUACGUGCUUGACAACCACAAUCUUCAGCAGCUGUGGGACUGGAACCAUCAUAACUUGACGAUCAAGGAGGGGAAAAUGUACUUUGCAUUUAAUCCUAAACUCUGUGUUUCUGAGAUUUACCGUAUGGAGGAAGUUUCAGGAACCAAGGGACGGCAGAGCAAAGGAGACAUAAAUCCAAGGAACAAUGGGGAGAGAGCCUCUUGUGAGAGCCACAUUCUGCGUUUCGUUUCCAACACCACGCUCAAGAACCGGAUUAAACUAACGUGGGAACGGUAUCGGCCUCCAGAUUACAGAGACCUCAUUAGCUUCACUGUUUACUACAAAGAAGCACCAUUCAAAAAUGUGACAGAGUACGAUGGGCAAGAUGCCUGUGGCUCCAACAGCUGGAACAUGGUUGAUGUUGACCUGCCACCCAACAAAGAGAACAACCCUGGAAUCCUGCUGCAGGGAUUGAAACCUUGGACUCAAUAUGCCAUUUAUGUCAAGGCUGUUACCCUCACAAUGAUGGAAAACCAUCAUAUUCAUGGAGCAAAAAGUGAAAUUGUGUAUAUACGAACCAAUGCUGCAGUGCCAUCCAUUCCCUUGGAUGUUAUUUCAGCAUCCAACUCCUCAUCCCAGCUGAUUGUGAAAUGGAAUCCUCCUUCUCUUCCCAAUGGCAACCUCUCAUACUACAUCGUACGAUGGCAGCAGCAACCUCAGGACAGUUACCUUUACAGGCACAAUUACUGCUCCAAAGAUAAAGUCCCAAUUCGAAGAUAUGCUGAUGGGACCAUUGAUACAGAAGAAGCCACUGAACCCACCAAGCCAGAGGGCUGUGGGGGAGAAAAAGGACCUUGUUGUGCUUGUCCCAAGACAGAAGCGGAAAAGCAAGCUGAGAAGGAGGAAGCAGAGUACCGCAAAGUCUUUGAGAACUUCCUUCACAACUCCAUCUUUGUCCCCAGACCCGAUCGGAAGCGAAGGGACGUGUUCCGAAUCGCAAAUGCCACUUUGGUCACUCGAAACAGGAAUGUGACUGGGACAGAUCACUUCACCAACGUUUCUGACUCAGAGGAGAGUGAGGUGGAAUACCCUUUCUUUGAGACCAAAGUGGAUGGCAAGGAGAGAACUGUCAUCUCCCAUCUCCAGCCUUUUACUCUUUACCGCAUUGAUAUUCACAGCUGCAACCAUGAAGCUGACACACUUGGCUGUAGCGCUUCCAACUUUGUCUUUGCAAGAACCAUGCCUUCAGAAGGAGCAGAUAACAUUCCAGGAACGGUCGCAUGGGAAGCAAAAGAAGAAAAUACUGUCUACCUGAAGUGGCUCGAGCCUGCAAAUCCAAAUGGGCUUAUACUCAUGUAUGAAAUCAAAUAUGGGCAGCAUGGAGAGGAGAAACGGGAAUGUGUUUCCAGACAGGAAUACAAGAAGCUUGGAGGAGCUAAACUAACUCACCUGAACCCUGGAAACUAUUCUGCUAGAGUCCAGGCCACUUCAUUAGCUGGAAAUGGGUCAUGGACUGAGCCAAUAUCUUUCUAUGUGCAACCCAAAUCAGCAAACUAUGGCAACUUCCUGCACUUGAUAAUCGUGCUCCCCAUUGCUUUCCUGCUCAUCAUUGGGGGAUUACUCAUAAUGCUGUAUGUCUUUAACAAAAAGAGGAACAGUGACAGACUGGGCAAUGGAGUACUUUAUGCUUCUGUGAACCCCGAGUACUUCAGUGCUUCGGAUGUGUAUGUUCCAGAUGAAUGGGAGGUGCCCCGUGAGAAGAUCACCAUGUGUCGGGAGCUUGGGCAAGGCUCCUUUGGAAUGGUGUACGAGGGAAUAGCCAAGGGAGUGGUGAAGGAUGAGCCAGAGACCAGGGUGGCCAUCAAGACUGUCAAUGAGUCCGCAAGCAUGCGCGAGAGGAUAGAGUUCCUAAAUGAGGCUUCGGUGAUGAAGGAGUUCAAUUGUCACCACGUGGUUCGGCUGCUUGGUGUUGUUUCUCAGGGCCAGCCUACGCUGGUUAUCAUGGAGCUGAUGACACGUGGGGACCUCAAAAGUUACCUGAGAUCAUUGAGGCCAGACACAGAGAAUAAUCCUGGCCAAGCACCUCCAACGCUGAAGAAGAUGAUUCAGAUGGCAGGAGAGAUUGCUGAUGGGAUGGCAUACCUCAACGCCAACAAAUUUGUUCACAGAGACCUUGCUGCAAGAAACUGCAUGGUGGCAGAGGACUUCACAGUGAAAAUUGGAGAUUUUGGCAUGACGAGAGAUAUCUACGAGACAGAUUAUUAUCGGAAAGGAGGGAAAGGUUUGCUGCCUGUGCGCUGGAUGUCCCCAGAAUCACUGAAAGAUGGAGUCUUCACAACGCACUCCGAUGUCUGGUCUUUCGGUGUCGUGCUGUGGGAGAUCGCGACGCUGGCGGAGCAGCCGUACCAGGGCAUGACCAAUGAGCAGGUGCUUCGCUUCGUGAUGGAAGGAGGGCUGCUGGAGAAACCAGACAACUGUCCAGAUAUGCUGUUUGAAUUGAUGCGCAUGUGCUGGCAGUACAACCCCAAAAUGAGGCCCUCCUUCCUGGAGAUCAUCGGUAGCAUCAAAGACGAGCUGGAUCCAGCCUUCAAAGAGGUCUCCUUCUUCUACAGUGAAGAGAACAAGCCUCCGGACACAGAGGAGCUUGACCUGGAGACUGAAAACAUGGAGAGCAUUCCUUUAGAUCCCUCCUCCACCCUCCAACCCACUGACAAGCACUCAGGACACAAAGCGGAGAACGGCCCGGGCGUGGUGGUCCUUCGGGCCGCCUUCGAGGAGAGACAGCCCUACGCGCACAUGAACGGGGGACGCAAGAACGAGAGGGCCUUACCCUUGCCCCAGUCUUCGGCCUGCUGAUCCUUAGAACCAGAGUCUCACCGAGAAAUCCAACACAGAGAAACACACGCAUCGGGGGAAGAAAGAAAGGAAAUUACAAUAUAUUCAAAAGCCUACUGUACCUCAGUGGAUCUUCAGAACUGCCAUAGCUGCACUUGGGAGAACCCUUUUUUUCAGUAAACAAGUUAUCCUAUUUUUUUUUCUUCUUCUUUUUUUUUUCAAUAUGCAAGCAGAUGUUUGUUUCAGUAAAGGACUCCAUUCAUGGGGCACACAGUUGGCCUUUUAAAACGCUAAUGUUAACACUUAAUAGCAACAGAAAACUUGAGAUCUGAUGUCUCUCUUUCCUCUCUCUCCUCUCCUCUCUCUCUCUCUCUCUCUCUCUCUCUCUCUCUGUCUCUCUGCUUCAUAAUGGGAAACAUAUCUGUGUGCAAGUUCAACCCUACAGCACUUUUAUCAGAUCAAAGCUAUCGCAGGCCAGGUGGCUCCCCGGUACCCUCGCAAGCACCUGCCUAACACUGUAGUCCUUUAUAAAACAAACAAACUAAAAAAACAACCAACCAAACAAAAAACCCACACAAAAAAAACCCCCUCGCAACAAACCAACUAAAAAAGACUGGAUUUUUAAUGUUGCUCUUCAAUCUUUUUAGGAACACAUACCACAAAAGGGCCAUCAUUCCUCCAAGGCUGUUCCCAUCUCCAACGCUGCCAAAUUUUACCAAAAAAAAAAAAAAGGAAAAAUGAACUCUUUGGGGUUUGUUUUGUUUUGUUUUUGUAGGCAUGGAAAAGGAGCACAGUAAUCAACUGCUCUGUUUCAAAGAGAUCCUGACCAAUAUGUUCUGUUCAAUCAUACACUGGUAUUUGGGGGGAAAAAAAAAACCCACUACACCAAAAAAUAUCCAACACAAAAUCCAAUUAUUGAGAGCUUUUCUCAAAACUGGACAAAAUGUGGUGUUAGAUAUAUGUUAUUUUUUUUCUUAUGAUGGAGAAGAUAAAAAGGAUGGGGGUAAAGAAACAGCCCUCCCUCCACCCCUGUCCCCAUCCCAAUGAAUUCUGGACAAAACUGGCAGUGGUGAGCUAAACAAACACGUGCGUUUCAUACAACCGACACACGAGAACCAUGAGAGUACCCGGCUGAGAUCUCCAUCGUUGCAGCCUGCCCUUCCUUCACAGGCUUGCAAGGGAAACAAAAAACCAAACCAACCAAACCAACCUAGGAACAUAAAUUGGAGAAGACAAAAAAAAGCAGUAACCGGAUUCAAGUAUAUAACGAUGCUUUGUUGAUCUUUUCUCUUGAUUAUUAAGACUUCUCGAAGGGUCUUGCAGUUCUAUGUUAGACCAUGGAUCAUUUGCAUACACAUUGUCUUUUUGUGUCACUUUUAUAACUUUUUUACGGUUCAGAUACUCAUCUAUAUGUCUGUACAGAAAAAAGCUGCUAUUUUUUUUGUUCUUUAUCUUUGUGGAUUUAAUCUAUGAAAAGAAACCUUCAGGUCUGCCCUCCUUCCCUUCCCUCCCACUUCAACAGAUUUUCUUAUGCUUUGUACUAUAGUGUGUAACUCUGACUUCCUCCUUCCCAGUAACUGAUACCUUCCAUAUGAUUUGCCAUGAACUGUUUAAUGCCUUUUUAUAAAUACAUUUCCUCCUUUUUUUUUUUUUCCCUCCUUUUUCCAUUAGUUGUUUUACAACAUCUUGGCUGUGUUGGGCUUUACAGGGCUUUUGAGGGGGGACAUGGAGAAAGAAGGGACAUCCCACCCCCCCCCCCCCCCCGCCCCCCUCACAGAAAACACUCUGGCAGUGUGGUGGUGUGUUUUGAAACCCUGGUUUUCCUUCCUUCCCACUAACCUCUGCCCAGACAGCGUGCGAGUCUCUUACAGUGCAAGGCAUGAUACAAACUCAGGUCAGAAAAAAAAAACCACAAAAGGUUAAAUAUUUAGUACAUUCUUGUUCAGUGUUUAUCUUCAUUGUUGUACAAGGGUCCUUAUCCCUCCUUCCCUCCCUGCUUGUUUUGGUUGUGGCACACAUCCACCUACCCAUUCCCACACAGACACACACACAUCACCCCCUCCUCUAUUUUGUUUUUGUUUCUUUGUUGGGUACAACAGCAGACACCAGGCUUUUGGAUCACUGAUUGUUAAAAAAAAGACUGUUUUACCCCUUUCCACCCCGUGAACAAGAGCUGUACCCGUUGCAGCUGGUGGUGCCAGGCAUUGGUGGAGUGCCCAUAGGACACCUGGCUCCAGCAAGCCCCAGCUCUUCACCCUCCUCAUGGAGGAUGCCCCGGGCUGCACUUUGCACCCUUGGUUAAAACAAACAAACAACAAGCCAACAACAAAACCAAACCAAAAGCAACCCCCCACGCCAUUUCCGUGGGGCUGGGUGGAAAGCGUGUAGCUGGGGCCAGCGGCUUGGCUAGCGAGCAGUGAAGUGUUGGCAGCUAUGGAAACCUCUACAAAUACAAGCUUGUCGCUUAAAUCAUAGACCAAACCUCAGAACAAAAGCAAAUGAGUAAGCUUGUUUGUUCAGUUGCAGAAGCCUUGGUGAAAGGGGAAGGAGGGGGCCAUCAGGAAGUCUACAACCAAGGAGUCAUAGCAGUUGCUCAUCUUUGAACGUUCAUUACAGCAUCUAAGCCUUUGCUUAGCACUGAUCCAACCAACUGAUGGCAGCGAAGAGGUGGUUCUGGGAUGGAAAUGUUUCAAUCUUUUGGAGUAAGAACAAAGAACUAAAAUAUACCGAUUGCUAGUUUUGACUGGAGAUUUUAAGAACGUUUGUAGUGCUUUUCGCUUGUGUAGGUUAGGUCCCAUUAUCUUCUCUUGCCUCUGUCCCAUAGUUAUUUUUUUCCCCUUUUAAAAAUGAAAAAGACAAAAAAAGUUAAUUAAGAAGGUAUUCUAUGUAGGACUUUUUUAUUUAUUUUUUGUGAUAUCAGUUUAAAUCACUGUAGAGAUGCCCCGUAAUAAAUUUAACUACCGAGAUAAGGGGUUUUUGAGUAUGAUGGGGGACAGUUGUUUUUGAUUUUUGUUUUUUCAAACAUUUAUCUACCUCACUCUUAUUUUUUAUAUGUGUGUAUAUAUAUUAAAAAAAAAACAAAAAACAAAACAAAAAACCAACCAUACAUCUCACAUUUCUCAGCAGCCAAUAAAUGCAGUCGAUACCGGUAACCUCUCACUCCAUAUACCACAUGCUCUAGAUUCUGGAGGGGAACAGUCACUGCCUGUCACAAAGGGGCACUUCAGAGUAUUUGCCCCGAUUUCAAGGGGUUUCUCCAGUUUUGUGUUUCAGAUUAAUUAACCUGAGGAGAAAUCCAAGACUUGUCUGACACAGGGUGACCAGGCUGUCAGGAAACACAAAGGCUUCUUAAUUUGCUGUCACGGCAGUCCUUGGGUCAGCAACAAAAUGCUGAGUGUUUAGAUGAGCAGAAGUGGAAGUGACCUGAUACGAGGGCCUCAGAUUCUGAGUAUUUGAUGAAAUCUGUUCCAGAACUCAAUUGUUUACAAUGUUGGAAGGUCCGGAGGAACGAGUGGAGUGAAGGGAAUGGUCUGUCCGUUUGUCCUGCAGAACAGGCUCAGUCCUUCCUGUCAGUUUACCCUCAGAUACCACAAGCACCGCAAAGAUACUUGGCUGAAUCAGCACCUAACAAUAAAUUGGCUUCAACUGUAAUAUCAUUGCUUUCUUGACCAAGAAAAUGAAAACCCCAGUUUAAAAAAACCUGUCCCAGGCUGCCCGGUGAUGUUACUACAUCAAGUUUACAGCUUUGGGUCUUUGCUGCUUCUAUUUGGUGAGAGCACUGAUUUUAUUUUUUGUUCUUUUCACAUCUAACGUUGAAUUGAUUUCUUUUAAUGUGCCAGUACAAAUUCAAUUCCUUUUUCUUCCCCUCUUUGUAUGCUUCAUAACUGUGGAUUCUGAUGGACCAGCCAUCACACACUUUAACUGCCCUCUGACAGCGUGUAACUGGUUUACAAGCACACAGGACUAACACGAGCUUACCACCAACUUGAUGUAUAAUGUUUCUCUUUUUCCAGCUCUGGCAGCUGUUGGUGCAGGUGUUGCUUGUGGGAUCUGAGUCAAGUGGUGUUUGGCUACUUGGGGUUGUACACGGCCUCUCGAAUACACAGCUCUGGGGUUCAGUACCACAGGGUUUGGCUUUGGAGGGAGCAGCUCUCUCUAGCCUCUGGAAACCAGCAAAACGUGAAGCUUUUACAGGGUUGUUUGGAUUUUCCAUUUUGUAUUGAGUUCCAGUGACCUUUGGGUGCAGUGGCUGUUCCCCUCUCUUGCACAUAUUGAUUACCACAACUGGAGAUCCUCAGAUCUUUCAGCUGGCUAGGAGGGUUCUGUUAAAACUGUCCAAGUUACUGGGUUUGUUUGGUUUUUUUUCCAAUAAUUGUAUUGUAGGUGGUUUUAAAAACACAUUAGGAAGAAACACUAAUGACAUAGCAGCCAUCAUGAUAAACAUUUCAGAAAGCACUUCGGUAGAAGCCAGCCACGCACCGUCACGUCCACGUGCGUGGUGACAGUCAGCUCUCCUGGACCAAACCACCUUGGUGAUACCAUCGCCUUCUGUGUUUGCAAUUCAAGCUUAAUCCCUUUUUCCCCCCCCCCCCCCUUCUGUUUGUUUCCAUAGUGGUUUGUUGUUUUUUUUGUUGUUGUUGUUGUGUUUUGUGCAUUUUGAAUAGCUUUAUUCACAUGGGUUUUUUCAUGCAGGCUUCCCUUGGACAGUAAAUCAAGUUGUUUGUGCAUGUGAACAACUGAGAAUUGAUGUUGGCUUGAUAGAGUCAUAAUAUGGUUUGUAACGUUGUUCUUCCCUGAGACCACUGGCUUGUCUGGUAUGGAAAAUUUAUUUAGAACUUCAGCUAUGUUUGAAUAAAGAUAAAGUAAUCCAGUUUGUUUAUAAAUUAAAAAACAAAAGCCCACCCAGCCCUGAAAAAACAGCAUUUUGACAAAUGGUACCAAGAUGUUCUAACACAGUCGGCUGACAAAUUGGCAUCGCUGCGGGGAGCGGGCGGCUUUGGUUUCAGUGCUCGGCCGCUGCUCUCACCUGACGUGCGAUUAAAAGCUGCUUCGUGGCCCCAGAAGGGGGUUUGGUUGGCAAGGAACGUGGCUCCUACAUGAACACAGACGUGCCGGCCGCGUGGUCCCACCCACGAUGCUCUUUUUGGGGGGGAGUGAUAAAGUAGGCACGAUGCCUUUCUCGAUGCGAGGCCUCUGCUCCUUACAGCCGGUUCCAAGUGAUGUGAGAUUUGAGGCGUAUUUGCACCGACACUGCUCUUGGCCUGUAAAAUGCAAGGAAAGCAAAGCCCAUUUUGCCCAGGACAACUGGCCACCAGAUUGAACUGCUGUCAGGUCCUCUGGGAUCUGCUGAGGGGUAUUGGGUACAGUCUGAGUCUAAGUGAACAACACUCCUGCUGUUGGUGUAACUCCAUACAUAUAUAUCUAUAUACACAUAUAGAUAUCUACAUAUGUAUAUCUAUAAUAUAGAUAUAUAUAUUUAAACCCUUUUCAUUCCAUUAGUACAAGUAACACUUGUUUCCUGUUAUUCUUACUUUGUUUGUCAACAGUGUGUUUAAUCACUGGGCUGUACAACAGUGGAGGAAGGUGCAAGGGAUCCGCUCCUUACUAACCAGUGAUAAAAAGCCAGAUACUGCAACUUAACCCAUGAGUAGUUGUGCAGACAAGAAUUUAAGAAUGAUGUGUAGAAACAACCCUAGUGGCCAGGGGUGCUGAAGAUACAGAACUAUAACCAGGCAGGAGGGCCCCGAAGGAUGCCUCGCUUCAGAGCUGGUAACGGCACAGCCAGGUGUCCCCUGGGCCGUUGAGCAGGAUUGGUGCAGAGACAUGUGGAUGCAGUGGGUAUGGAGAUGGGUAUUUACAGAGACACAAGGCUUGGCAGAAGUCGGAGGCACUUCACUGAGCUCAGUAGGUGGGACAGCACCGGGGCUCAGGUGCAGAUGUGAUGGUGGGUACUUGGACGUGAGCCUCUGGCAGCUGGAGCGGUGAAUCCCUUACGGGAGUCGAGCGGUCGGUACCAUCGGGCUGUAGGACUCUGUCCCGACCGACAGCUGGUCUGGUUUGCGAGUACCUUAACGGCUGUGAGCAGUCGGUGCGCGUGCGUGUGCUCAUCGCUUGGGUUGUUUUGUUUGCGGUGUGUGUUGCGUUGGUUAGUAAUCCAUUAGCAUUUUCAAUAGGGCUUUAAGUCCAGUAGAUUACGGGUAGUCAGUUGACGAAGAUCUGGUUUACAAGAACUAAUUAAACGUUUCAUUGCAUUUUGUAAGUACGUAGAAUAACUUUAUAAAAUGUUUGUAGUUUAUAAAUGCCGAAGAUAUCAUUUAAGGGCACUUUUCCGUGUCUGUGUGGGUGUGUCUGUGAGCAGGUUGUUUUGGAUGGUACCAGUUCACUAGGUAGCUUUAUGAUAUGCCAAAAAGGAUCGCAAACUUGUCCACUUGACGGCGUGUCCCUCUCCCCCCGCCCGCCCGAGCUCUGUGUCCUGCUAUACAGUGAACGAAUAAAGGAGUUGGGGAAAUGUUCUGUAUCUUCAGUAUCCUGGUCUUCCAGAGCCCUCUGGUUGGGGUGGGAUCAUCUGAACUGGUCAUUUCGCUUUACUGUUUAGGGCAGAUAACGGACUCCCAGAACCUCACUGGUCAGGGAAACAGAACGGGGUUUGGUGCUGCCCGGUACCCGCGGGGCGAGGGCCGUCUGCUCUGAAGGAUGCAGCUGCCUGAGGGAAAGAGGGGAGGUGCUUUUCCUCAUGACUGUUGGAGAACUAUUUGCAGGUUUCUUGGCGUGGCCUCUAAGGAUGUAGAGCACCAUUUGAAGCUUGGUUGAAAUGAGCGAGGCAGGGUCCCUAUUUAUUUUUAUUUAAGAGUACUGAAGCUCCCGUCCCCCUCACGCCCCCAAAUUUGACUGACCACAUUGCUGAAGGGUCCUGAGGAUUCAGAUACUGUUCAAAAAAUCAGCUCUUCUGUUUUCUGAACCAGUGAGGUUUGAGACGAAAGGAUUGGCCAGAGUUUGUCUACCUCUGGGACAAAAACAAAAGGAGACAGUGCUAAGGAAUGGAUGCAGUUGCAAAUACAACAUUUUCCAGUUUUCUUGUUUAAAUUUUUUUAAGAGAAGAUGAAACAAUAACAUGGCCAAUUUAUUACCGUAAAAAGGAAAAGACUUGCUGUGUAUAAAUUAUUCCUAAAGAAAUUCCUGUGUUUAUAUUAAAAUGAAUCAGUAGAUUAAAAAAAAAAAGAAAUUCAAAAUGUUUUUGUAUAUUCUGUUGUAAGAAUUUAUUCCUGUUAUUGCGAUAUACUCGGGAUUCUUUACAUUAUGAAAAGAAGAAACUUUGUCUAUUUUGAAUGGCUGAAGCUAAGGCUCCUUUAGUUUCUCUUACUCUGCUUUUUUCUAGUAGUUUCAG